AUGCAAAUUCCAACACACGCACUCAUUGCCAUUACGGAGGCCUUUAUCGGCAACAUCUCCUCGCGCAGCUGGGACAACCUCCCUGGCUUCUUCGCCCCUGAUGCAACAUGGUGGAUCAGCGGCAACGCGGCUCUGCUCCCCCCGGGUUUCCCUUGCGGCGACGGCCUUGCCAAGGACCGCCUGCCUAACCUGCCCGGAUUGAUGGAUCAGUUUACGCACUACGAGUACAAGAUUGUCAACAUUGUCGGCCAGGACAACAGGGUCAUGGUCGAGGGGCAGGCCAUCGGCGACGGCCCUGGCGAUCUUCACUACGUCAACAACAUCACAUCGUCUUAUGAGUUUGAGCGACCGGGCAAGAUUGUCAAGGUGCGCGAGUACCCGGAUUCCACUGAGAUUCUGUGGGUGAUGCAGCAGCUCCAGAACCAGAGCAAGUCAACUUGA